UUACUUUGCACAACCAUCAUAGACGACGACGUUUGGAUUUUGUCAUCCCUACUUCAAAUCCCUAAACCCAGACUUCUAAUUAGCUUUUGUCUGAGGCGACGCCGUUUUUGGUGGGAGCUUAGCUUAUGGCUUCCAUGCAUUCCGAUCUUGUGGGCAACUUGUCCUUCAAUCACUUCCAGAGAUCAUCAUACUUGGUGGGUUCAUUUCCAGCUGGUAUUUUGCAAUGUAGAGUUGGUUUCAGCAAUUCAAGAAGGCGGGUUCCUUCAUAUACUUGUAUAAAGUGUGAAAAGAAGGAUGAUUAUAUUGAGCAUGUAUCAGUGGAACGUCCACCUUAUCACAGUUACAUGGACUCCACCUCCGGCCAGCUUGAGCCCGCAUCCGGUGCUCGAGCAAGUGUUCCUGAACGAGAGUAUUGGCCUGAAGGAACUGCCAGUCAAGUAAGGGCUGCAAGGGCACCUGCACCAACUGGUGAAUCGUCAGGUUCUCCAUCUUAUGGCACGAAGCCUGGAAGUAGGAGGAAGAAUUACAAAGCAUCUGUUUCUGCUGCUUCUUCCUCUGAGGUCAUGGUUGAAUCAACUGACACUGGGCCAUCCGAGGCAUUGGCAUUGGAUGAAUCCGCGGAGGAUUCUCAAGAAUUAUCAUCUGACUAUGUUGUUUAUCAGUCUGAACCCGAGGAAGAAGAGGAGACUGGAUAUGAUCUUGAUAAGAAACUUGGUGUUCCUCAUCCAUUUAUUGAUCCAAAAGUUAAAAAGCCAAUAGACGGAACACUUACAAGUGAAGAACUAUGGUGGAAUUGGAAAAAGCCGGAGAAAGAACAAUGGUCCAGGUGGCAAAGGAGGAGGCCGGAUGUUGAAACGGUUUUCCUGAAAGCGAUGGCAGAAACUGGGCAAAUAAAGCUUUAUGGGGAACAUCCAACAUUAACUGAAACUUCUCUUUACCGAGCAAGACGCCAUCUUUAUAAGGAAGAAAGGCUUCAGGAUGAGCGAGAGAGAUUAGAAAGGAUUGGUCCAAUAGCAUACUAUUCAGAAUGGGUAAAAGCAUGGAAGAGGGAUACAUCUCUUGAAGCUAUUCAGAAGCAUUUUGAAGAGACUGGUGAAGAUGAAAAUGCUCAACUAAUUGAAAUGUUUUGCCACCAAACUGACCGAGAGUAUCGCGUAAUGAUGGGGACUGAUUAUCGUAUACAAAGGGAUCCUUUAGCUAUGAGAAUGAGGGAGGAUCAGAUAAAGCAAAUAUGGGGUGGAGAUCCAGUUUACCCAACCGUGAACUAUAUUCGAGAGCCAGAUGCAGUGGUUGACUACAGGGGCCCAGAUUUUCAUGAACCAACACCAAAUAUGCUAGAUUAUCUGAAGGAGCAUGGAUAUAUCAUUUCAAGGGAGGAACUUAACAAGAUUCUGGAAAAGGAAAAGACUGAACAACUUGAGGUGACAGACAUGGAUGAAGCUAUGGCCAAAGCCGUUGACAUUGGUGAAAAUGAUGAUGAAGAGGAUAGUGACCUUGAUGAUGAAGAGGAAGAGGGAGAGGAAGAGAAGAUUACUCGAAACUGGAGUGUCUUAAAAAGUACUCCUGAGCUUCGCAAGUCAAAGCCAAAACCAAAGAAAGAUGGUCCUUUGUCCCUAGACGAUGCUGUAGAUGAUUCUGAGAACUUGACUGAUUUCCUCUUGGACUUUGAAGAAGAAUGACAUGCCUCCUUGUAAAGCGUUCCAUGUCAAGUGGUGUCUUGGGGUGGUAGGCGUUUACGUGAUGUUGUUAAGACAGGAUGAAAGGUUUGGAUGUAAGUAUUCCUUGUCAUUAUCAAUAUCUUGAACUAUUAAUAACUUCUUAUAGGUAUUGCCUCAGUGAAUGGGGUGACUCAGGCGAUAAAUGUUGGAAUGAGAUUCUGAAUGCUAGCUCAAAGUUUCUAGAAACAUUGAGCGAGAGUCAAGUUUCCACUUGAGCUAUUCCCCUGAAUACUCAGUUAAGUACUUGUUUCCAACAUAUGCGGGAAUUUAGCAGAAGAUAAAUUAACUAUGUGAGUGACCUUUCCAAUAUUAUAUUAUAUUGUAAUUUUGGUGCAAACUAGAAUCUAAUAUAUUCAAUCACAUACCUUCUUUCUCAAGUAGUCAAAGCAAUAAUGUCAUCAUUUAUUGGAAUUUACGACCUCCCUAGGCAUGUAUAAGACUUUUUGCGAAAAGGGAAUGAAUUCUUGUGCUUGAUUAAUUUUA